UUGAGAAUUUUUUUAUAUUUUUACUGAAAACAAUACAAAUUUUUUUUCUUGACAAUCAUUUUUUGCAGAGUACAACUGAAUUAGACUCGACUAUAAUACCACUCUAAACUUUACUAGCACAGUGCAUCAUAACAUAACUAUAACCAGGGCUAGUUACUUCACCCGCAGACAGAGAUGUUAACAGUGUGUUUAAACAAGCAGCAAAAAAAUCUGCCAAUGGAAUAAGAACAAUUUUCUUGAAAUAACUUUACUUUUAAUAACACUUAUACUUCAAGAAAACGUUGCUUGUUUUAAGCACCAAUUUACUUAAUGUUUAUGUUUUUUGUCUAAAAACUAGACUUAUUUUUCUAGUUAAUUUUGUCCAUCAAGAAAAAACAUCUUAAUUUAAGAAUGUUUAGAUGUUUUUACUGAAAACAAGACAAAAAUACUCAGAAAAUCAUUUUUUGCAGUGUACUUAUUUUGUUCCUUGAUUUCAGUACAAAUAUCUAAAAAUUCUUAAAUCGGGAAGCAUUUUCUUGAUAAGCAAAAUCAGGGGACACCAAAGAUUUCUUUUACAUCUUAAAAAGGUCUUGUGACAUGGCCACUUUAAAUCGCAGAUAGCCUACAUAUAAAGUGGGCAGAACAUAAUUUUAUAGCCUGUUGCCAAACCAAACCAUUAUCACAGGAUUCAAAGUUUUGAAGGCUUGAUACAAACACCUCCAAUGGAUCUGUUAAUGUUCGGGAUUUUUCUCUCCGUCACCUGCAGCAUUGUUCAAGGGUUAACUCCAAGCUGUUGUUUUACAACACCAUCAAGGUUUCCACUUAGACUUCUUAGAAAGGUGGAUAACUAUGAGGUUCAGACCAGCGAUGGAGACUGUCAGAUUGAUGCUCUCGUGUUGCAUGUUCGUUGGAGGAGAAUUUGUGCUCAUCCAAAGGUGGAGAAAAUUCUGCGCCGCAUAAAAUCACGAAGGCAAAAAAUGUCUCAAAAAAUCACAUCUGAUGUCCGUGAAUGAGGACAGGCAAUAUUCUGUACAACCUAAAAAAAAUGUAUGACUGCCGUUUGCAUGUUUGUAUCUUCUUUUCCCAGUUUUAUUCAGUGAACUUAACAUGUAGAAUGGCGCAUCUUGCGUAACAUUUUCUGUAACUUUUUCUUGCAGUUAGAAAACAAAGAUUUUUUUAUUCUAGGAUCUUGAGUACUACAUCAUGCUUGAGUAGUUUUUAGGGUAAAAUGUUUUGCACAAUAUAUGAUCGUGCUUCCAUAUCUAAUCACUUCAUUACAUAUCUUAGCUUUAAAAAUAAAGAUAAUACUUAGCUAAUAGUGUAUCAUCAACAUAUUUCCUGAAAUGUUAUUUUUAUAUUAUUAUAAAAAGACUUACUUACAGAUAAUCAAUUAUUUCUCUUACCAUCAUCAAUAUGUUAAAAUGCAUUUUUAUAAUCCAUGUUUCUGAUUGUGACAUCUUUGAAAAACCUGCUUUU